UUCAGUUUAGUAUCGUCUGUGCGUUAGUGAGGGUCUGAAAAUUCGUACAUCAGUCAGUCGGUGUUUCUCGGUGAAUAUUACCUGGACAUGUCUACGAGUGUUGUUAUAGUUUUGUGUACGGACAGUUGUGAAACUAGCCAAUGAUGGGCUAAACGGAACCGCUUAUGGAACUUUUUUAUUUUUGGUUUCGAUUUAUUUGAUUCAUUUCGAAAAAGUGAUGCACCUUUCGCACGAAUGCGCUUUUCUAUUUUCUGUUGAGAACGUUACACCACCGCGACUGAAGACAUUUGAAAUGUUAUGAUAUUUAAAAAGUGACAGUUGUAUUUUUCGUUUUAUAAACUUUUUUAUUGUUUACGAACUGAAGUGCAAUGGCGAGCGGCAAUGGAGUGCAACAACAACAAUUUGUGGAAGCUGCCGAAGAAGAUUUGCAAUGCAAGGAAUGCGGUCUCGUGAUGAAUUCGAAGCAGUCCUUGAACGUCCAUUAUCAGUACCACAAAGAUAAUUUGCUGAAACACUGGGCCUUAGAAGCAGCUUCCUCACACUCGGAGGAAACGAACAACAACACCACAAAGGCGAACAUUAAACGUGAGUCAAUUCCUAAUAAUGCAGCAGCGACUGCUGAUAGCUCCGAUUCUUUCCAAAAAAAGAGUCCAGAGUACAGUACGACGACCCCAGAAACCAUUUUUGGACAUCCUCCUACCCCUCAGAGCUAUCAGAGCGCUAAUUCGCCUUAUCAAAGUCACGAUAAUUCCACUUUUUCUCCGAAUUUCCAUUGUUAUCAAGUGAAAAGCGAGCGAAUUUCCCCCACGCCGCAACAACCCCAAUAUCAAAACAAUUAUGCCAGCUAUCCCGAACAAUACUUCCCUAUGGAUUCCAACCAGGGCCAACAGUUUCAGGAUUCCUUUGUUCACAAAUCUUCCGCGUACAGGUAUCACCCCUAUACGCAACCCCAAAACAGCCCUUACGAUAGGCAAACGCAGGCACAGGUGUCAUCUUCAAGUCCUGCGUUCCCUCCACAGCCAACCCCAUCCCCUAGCCCGAAACAAUGCGACAAGUGUGGUCAGGUGUGCGAAUCUGCUUCGCAGUUAAUAGAACAUCUCAAUAUGGUUCAUCCUCCAACCCCGGCAUCACAUCUUUCAUCUUAUCAGCCCAAUCAGCAUUUUAUGUUCGAGCAUCAUAACAUUAAACAGGAGGACGCUUCACAAAGCGAGAUACUGGAUCUUGAUUCUCACAAAGUUGUUCACAACGUUUUUCCCGAAGAUGAAAAACCCCAUAACGGGGAAUCGAAUCCGCACUCUGUAACUGUUAUGUUACCGUCGUGGUCAACUUUGCAGCAGCAAAACGUCCAGCCAGCACAAAAACUGUUCCAGGAACAGAGUGUGUUCAGUAGUUCCGAGAAAAUGUUCCAAAGUAACAUUCCAGAAAACAUUCCGGAUAGUAAAAUGUUCCAAGCUGAACAGAAAUUGUUCACAUCUGAGACGAAAUUAUUCCAACCCGAACAAAAGUUAUUCCAACCACAUCAGAUACAUAAUCAAGAAUUUAUGAGUAGUGGCGCCGUUACCACAACAAGUCCGGAAGGAAAUGCCAUGAAUCAAACUCCUCAGGUUUAUAGGCCGUUUGAACACAUGACGCCACAACCAAAUGUUCCUGUGAUAACUAGUACUGGAGUUUCGAGCACUCCAGUUCAACCCCCGUCGAGCACAAACCAGAAAGGAGCGAAUUGGAAAUCCAACGAGGCUAGGAGGCCUAAGACAUACAACUGUACAGCUUGCAACAAGUGGUUCACCAGCUCCGGUCACUUGAAAAGGCACUACAAUACGACCCUACAUAAAAAUGCCGUAAAAUCCAGCGGACAGCCAGAUCCGGCGUCUCUGCCAAUUAGCGCCCAUCAUCAUCCAGCCAGGGACAAUAACUCUAAGCAAGAUGAUCGUCCGCAAUCGAGAAGCCCGGGAGAUGAAAUCCGAGGUGAUGACAGCAGUAUGUCAUCUCAAUACGAGAGACUGAAUUCAAUGCCAGGCUUACUACAGCAUCCUCCAAAUGGUCCCUACGACCGGCAACCGGCGCCAAAUAUACACCACACGCAGCCUCUACAUUCUCCAAUGCCACAUUCUCCGAUGCCCCUCUCGCCGAUGCCUCAACAUCCGAGCCCGUUGGGAAACCAUAUCGGCAACCAACUCAUAUCUAACGGGAGUCCCCCAAACGGGGAUGCAGGCCUCUCCACCACCAACCUAGAUUCGAGGGGCCUGCUGUCGCUCAGUUCACAAGCAACCAAUUCGGUCAAUACCCCUCUUGGAUUCAACAUGGCGUCUCAGCAUAUGAUGUCAAUGGAGGACAACCAGUACCAGAUGUACCCAAACGAGUUGGCCCCCCACGUUAUUCAGGCUAUGGCUACCAGCAACCUCAAUACUACUGGUGAGUACCAAUACGGUAUUCCAAUCAGCCAAGCUGACGAAAAUCAACCGCUUCCAAGCUUCCAACAACUCCAGCCGAACCGUUACGCGCUGGUUGGCGGCUAUGAUUUAGAUAACGUGGGGGGCGGAGGGUCGGUAACGUCCUCCUAUACCUAUUAUGACAUCCCCAACGAUAACGUAGAUCAAAGAAAUAUAAUAUACCAGCAGAAUCAAAAUGAAGCGAUUCUCCUUCAGAACGAACCCGUUGCGCCUCAUUGCGAGGAUGAGUAUAUCCUGGGUUAUACUCCCGCACCAAAUAACAACAAUACUGGGGAAGGUCUUAUGGCAAUUGAGAAUGAUCCAGAGGCCAUGAACAAACCAAAGAGGAUUACGACGUUUGACGAAAUCCAAUACAGAUUAGCGAAUCAGCCUGAUUCCCCAGAAAAGGCUCACACAAAGAGAGAUUACCAAGAAAACGUUAACACUAUGAUUGUGUCUUCAACUGACAACAAGGCCAGAAUACACAAAUGCAACCCAUGCGACAAGUUCUUCAAUAAAGCAUGUUAUCUGACGCAGCACAACAAAACCUUUCACAGCGGGGAAAAACCCUACAAAUGCACGAGAUGCGGUAAAAGAUUUGGAUGUGAAAAGACUUAUGAGGUGCACUUGGCCAAACACGCUGGAAACAAGCCACACAAAUGCGAUGUGUCGCCAUGUCAAAAAGCCUUCAACCACAAGACCGACCUCAGAAGGCAUAUGUGCCUUCAUACGGGGAAAAAACCAUACAAGUGUAGCACUUGCGAAAAAGGCUUCAUCAGGAAGGACCACAUGGAGAAACACAAGGAGACGCACAAUAGGAAAACUCAGUCCAAAAUCGCUGCCAUCCGUUAAGGACGGCCCUUGUGUGUACGUAUGAAAUAGUAGUUGUCACUUGGCACUUUUUCUACUUAAAUGAUUGUGAGCUCUAUUUAAAUAUAUAUUUUAUUAUAUUUGUA